GGCGGCUUAUUUACUUCUGUAGAUGCGAGUUGUGUUGGCUUGUUUCUCAUUUCAUUCAUGUCCAAGCUUGUUACAGAACGCACAAACUAGUUUGAAGAACAAACAAAAAUUAUGGAACCUGGCAAUGAAGCUGUCAAAACUACUGCAGACAAAACUAAGGCUGAGUUAGGGGAUAAAAAUGUCAACUCAUCUUUCACCUUCAGAAAACCUUUCCCAGAAGUUAAAGCAGCCACCUCAGUACGGUUAGGUGGAGCAUCACAAACUUUAACACCACAAACUACAUCAACAGAAAAAUAUGAAGACAGUAAAUCAACAAUUCAAGCGGCUAAACAAUUUCUACAAACAGCGAAAAUAAUCAGUCGACUAGAACUUAUAGAGAAAGCUCUAUUUUCUCUUCAAGACAGCAAACAAAAGACUGAAGAUGACAUAUCAGAAAUAAAACAAUGGAGAGACAACUUGCAGACAGAAAAAAAUAAUAUGGCAGAACAAUUUUGUAAUCAACAAAAACAAAAUCUUGAAAGCCUCAGACAAGAAAUAAGAGAACAAGAUGACAAAAUAAAGGAGCUGAACAAAGAAAUUGAGAGUUUAAAAGAAAAGGAAGCACAGUCAAACAAAACACUAGAAAAACUUUCUCUAAAAAUCAAAGAAUAUGAAAACAACUUAAACCCAAUAAAUCAAGAGAUGGAACUUAAGACAGAUAGUCUAACCCAAGAAGUUAGAAUUCAUUGCUCUCUGGUGUCUUCUAUACAAGACCAACUACAGGAAAACAUGCUACAUACAACUUGUAACUUAAAUGAGUUAUAUGCUAAGUUUGAAAAUCAAGCGAAGGAUGUUUUGAAGCUUGAAAAUCAAGUAAAGGAUGUUUCGAAGCUUGAAAAUCAAGUAAAGGAUGUUUUGAAGCUUGAAAAUCAAGUAAAGGAUGUUUUGAAGCUUGAAAAUCAAGUAAAGGAUAUUUUGAAGCUUGAAAAUCAAGUAAAGGAUGUUUUGAAGCUUGAAAAUCAAGUAAAGGAUGUUUUGAAGCUUGAAAAUCAAGUAAAGGAUGUUUUGAAGCUUGAAAAUCAAGUAAAGGAUGUUUUGAAGCUUGAAAAUCAAGUAAAGGAUGUUUUGAAGCUUGAAAAUCAAGUAAAGGAUGUUUUGAAGCUUGAAAAUCAAGUAAAGGAUGUUUUGAAGCUUUCAACACCUUUGAAUACAAUAAAAUCCCCUUCAUGUAAACCUUACAUCUGUCAACUGCACGUUGAUAAUAACACACCAGUAACCAGGGGAACCAUUGUUUCUACAUUCUAUAAUGUGUGGGAACGUAACGGCUGCCAUUUUAAUCAGACAACAGGCAAGCUUGUAGCACCAGAUGAUGGCAUCUAUCUCGUCAUUGCAACAUUGCUGGAGAAUGAAAAUAAACUAAUUCGAGUGAAUGUUUUAAUGGGGGAUGUGUUAUGCAAUGAAGUUUUUGUCAAGUCUGCCCUAACAUCAGUCUGUGCAUCAACUGUUGUUUCCAUGAAGAAAGGGGGAGAACUUUUCUUUCAAGUGGCUCAAGCUGAUGUAGGGGCAAGGCUACAAGGAGGAAGUGGUUUCACCAUUGUUAGAUUAUAAAAAUAAAGUCUGUAUUUUACUUACUACAUUUAGUGUUGAAAAAUAAUUUUCUGUAUUUUACUUAAUACAUUUGGUGUUGUAAAAAUUAUUUUCUGUACUUUACUUAAUACUUUUAGUGUUAGAUUGAAAAAAUAAAUGUCUUAUUUUACUUAAUAAUUAAUACAUUUAAUGUAAGAUUGAAAAAAUAUAUUUCUGAAUUUUACCAAAAAUAUUUGAUGUUAGAUUUUUUUUUUAAUGUUUAUUUUACCAAAUAAAGUUGAUGUUUUGUUGUUACAAGUUGAAGCUAGAAGGAGGAAGUGGUUUCACCAUUGUUAGAUUAUAAAAUUAUAGUCUGUAUUUUACUUAAUACAUUUAGUGUUGUAAAAAUAAUUUUCUGUACUUUACUUAAUACAU